CAAUAUAUGAACUGAAAUACAAUAACCUUAAAAGUGUGCUCCAGUAAAUUAUUGAAAGAGUAAAUUUUGAAAUGAAUGCCUUGCCGAAAUGUGCUAAAUUUUACAUAACGACUCCAAUUUAUUACGUAAACGCCGAUCCUCAUAUCGGACAUUUAUACACGUCGUUAAUAGCAGAUGCUGCUCAAAGAUGGCAACAACUCAUACGUCCAAACGUGAAAAUAACGUUUGCGACUGGCACCGACGAGCAUGGCUCCAAAAUUCAACAAGCUGCACUAAAAAACAACAUGGCGGUGGAUAAAUAUUGUGAUCAAAUUUCUUCCUCAUAUAAAGCAAUGUCGGCCAAUUUCAAUGUGGGAUAUACCAGUUUUAUUCGGACAACCGAUGAGGCUCAUAUGAAGACUGUUCAAGAGUUUUGGAAAACUCUUAGCAAGAAUGGUUACAUAUACUCUUCUAAGUACAGCGGAUGGUAUUGCGUUUCCGACGAAACCUUCCUAAGCGAAUCUCAAUUAAAAGAAACGGUCAACUCUAAUGGUGAACGCACAUUAGUUUCAUUGGAAAGUGGACACCCUGUAGAAUGGACGGAAGAACAAAACUACAUGUUUACUCUCAGCAAGUUUCAAAAGGAGCUUAUGAAGUGGCUCAGCAAGAACGAUGGCGUGGUAAAACCUAAGAAGUAUCAAAAGAUUUUAUGGGAUAUGAUUUCCAACGAAGAGUUGGCAGAUGUGUCAAUAUCGAGACCUAGUUCACGUGUUCAUUGGGGUGUAAAAGUUCCUGGUGACGACACACAAACCGUUUACGUAUGGCUGGAUGCUCUCGUUAACUAUUUAACAGUAGCGGGUUACCCCGAUAUAGAAAGCGAAACUUUUAACAACAUAUGGCCGCCCGAGGUGCAAGUUAUCGGAAAAGAUAUUAUAAAGUUUCACGGUAUUUAUUGGCCCUCAUUUCUACUUGCCGCGAAUUUAGAACUUCCCAAAACCCUCUUUUGCCAUUCUCAUUGGACCGUGGAUGAUGAGAAAAUGUCUAAAUCAAAGAACAACGUCGUUUCUCCAUUUAAUAGAAGUUUAUUGUACACGUGCGACGGUUUAAGGUACUUUCUAUUGAGGGAGGGGGUGGCUCAUUCGGAUGGAAAUUAUAGUGACACAAAACUUACCCGCAUUCUCAACUCGGAGCUGGCGGAUACAUUGGGUAAUUUAUUAAGCCGCUGCUGCAGCUCUGCUUUAAAUCCUAAUCAGGUAUUUCCGGAAAUUGAUUCUGAAGCUUUUGAACGAGUGGCUUCCAUGGACGUGACAAAGAAAAUAAUGGACGCUGUCAUGAAGCUGCCAGGUAAAUCCCCAAAUUAA